AUGGCAAAUCAGGUCGGGUCCAUUCGAGCAACCGCUAAAACUAUAGCCGCUCUCUCUUCAGCUCCCACAACACAAAAAACUCUCUGUGCUCAGCAAAUUUUCAGUUGCAGCUUUUCAAGGACACUGCCCAGAGGAUAUUUUGGUAUGGUUGCUAUAGGUUUGAGAGCAUUUCCAUUGAGAAAACAUAAACCCCAUAGUAGUUUCUCUCAGGACUGUGUUACAGCUGACAAAGGUGAAUCUUCCGAAGACAGGGUAGGCGAAAGGAGGAAAAUGGCUAGGAAGGGAGGCAAGAAACACGCAGGGUCCCACGUGGAUGUUUCUACUGAAAAUAAAAAACGUAACAAGGAAAAGACGGCUCCAGUACCUCAGGCAUCGUUCAUCAGGAAACCGGUAGAUGCUGAGACCGUGAAAUACUUCUCGGAUAUUGCAAACGUGUUGGAAGGAAAUGAGAUGGAAAUGGACGAGCGGGCCUUGGUGUGCGGCAAUGCAUUGGAAGAAGCCAAAGGGAAAGAAUUUGAUCUCGCGACUGAUUAUAUCAUGAGCCACACCAUGCAAACUCUACUCGAAGGCUGCUCGGUGGAUCAUCUAUGUGGAUUUCUGCAAAGUUGUGCUGAGGAUUUCUCACAAAUUUCUAUGGAUAGGUCCGGUUCACAUGUAGCUGAAACGGCUUUGAAGUCCUUGGCCAGGAACCUUGAUGAUCAUGAGAAUCACUCUCUUAUUGAGGAAACACUAUGGGCGUUGUGCCAGGCAAUUGUGGCCAAUCCCGUUGACAUAAUAAUGUGCAACUGUCAUGGUUCUCACGUCCUACGCCGGCUUCUUUGCCUCUGUAAAGGUGUUCCUGUGGACUCAUUGGAGUUUCAUAGCACAAAGUCAUCAGUGGUGCUGGCUGAACGGCUGAAUUUGAAAUUGUCUCGUUUUGAUAGUCAUGAAGAGCAGCAGAAUCAAUCAUUCCCAGAUCAACUAAAGCUUCUCAUAUCAGAAUUGUCGAACCCGUCAAAGAUAGACAUAGCAGUCUUACAAAAGAACCAGUACAGUAGUUUGGUUUUGCAGACUGCUCUGAAAUUAUUAGCUGGAGAAGAGGAUGAAUUGUCCCGUAUAAUUCCUGUUCUGCUUGGCUGCCAUAAAGACAAUGUCCCACAUGGGAAUUUUAUGGAGGCCGUACCAGUGAAAAAAGUUCUUCGCUUAGUGGAAGAUAAUGCAUACAGUCAUCUAAUGGAGGUCAUCCUGGCAGUGGCUCCAGAUACCAUGUAUAAUGAAAUAUUCACCAAAAUUUGCAAGGGAUCUUUGUUUAGGCUGUCAUCACAUUCCUCUGCGAACUUUGUUGUCCAAGCAUUGAUAUCUCAUGCAAGAAAUCAAGAGCAUAUAAAGUCGAUUUUUGAGGAAAUGGGUUCUAAAUUUCGGAAUCUUCUUGAACUGGGAAGGUCUGGAGUUGUUGCAGCUCUUAUUGCUGCCUGUGAAAGGCUUCAGAUACUUGAGCACAAGUGUUGUCAAGCCCUUGCUGAUGCUGUUUGUUUGGUGAACGAGCCAGCCACAUGCAUUGUCCCUCGGAUAUUAUUUCUCGACAAUUACUUUUAUGCUGCCGACAAAACAAACUGGAAUUGGCCGAUUGGUGCUAAAAUACAUGUUCUUGGUUCUCUGAUUCUGCAAGCAGUUUUCAAGUUUCAAAGAGAAUUCAUACAGCCUUAUAUUACCAGCAUCACGUCUUUGGAUGAUAAACUUGUUCUUAAAGCAUCAAAAGAUCGUGCUGGGGCCCGAGUUAUUGAGGCUUUCCUCAUUUCAAACGCUUCGCCUGAGCAAAAGCACAAAUUGAUUGUCAAGUUCCGAGGUCAUUUUGGGGAGAUCUCUGUUCUUCCUUCUGGUUCAUUUAUCGUCGACAAAUGCUUCGACUCAAGCAAUUUCUCCAUGAGAGAGACAAUUGUAUCAGAACUUAUACCUUUCCAAGCAGAGCUGUCCAAGACUAAACAGGGCCCAUAUCUUUUGAAGAAACUUGAUGUCUCAGGAUUCGCUGAACGGCCUGAACAAUGGAAAUCGAGGCAAACCUCAAAACAAUCUGCCUACAAAGAAUUCUAUGACACAUUCGGGCCAAAAGAUGGGAAUAAAUCCCGAGGUGGAACUUUUCUCUCGGAUACUCUUCGCCAAAAUUCACAAUCGGAAAAAAUGAAGGACAUGAGAAAAGAGAUCAACGCUUGUAUUUCCUCUGCCUUUUCUACCAAUUCAGGUUCUCCAUUUCUAGCUCACCAGGGCUCCGCUAAGAGGAAAAAAUCAGGAAAGAAUAAGAAUGGUGACAAUUUCGAUAGGAAAGGAAGCAAAAAGCAUAAAGUUACAAAAGCUGAAAAGUGA